AUGGCUGAAGGGGCUUGGCAAGUGCGUCAGAACUCUGAUAGCAACUGUGAGGACGCGGUAAACAACCAUAUCCAGCUGCAGCUCCAUGCCUCAUAUGUAUAUUUGUCUAUGGCCUUGUUCUUUGAUCGUGAUGACGUGGCCCUGGGGAACUUCAAGCGUUUCUUUCUGAGCAAGUCACACAGCCGCAAGGCCAGUGCCCAGAUGUUCAUGUUUCUGCAGAAUAAGCGUGGUGGCCUUGUUUUCUUCCCGAGCAUCUCGACACCAGAGCGUGACAGUUGGCAGGGGGGCCUCCAGGCCAUGGAGUUUGCCUUCCACAUGGAGAUGAACAUCAACCAGAGCCUGCUGAACCUCCACAAGCUGGCCAAGGAGAAACGUGUUGCUGACCUCUGCUACUUCCUGGAGCAUCACUGUCUGGAUGAGCAGGCCCGUGUUCUCCACAAGAUGAGUGGCUACCUGGCCAACCUGCGCCAGAUGGGGACCCCAGAGAACGGCUUCGCUGACUAUCCCUUUGACGAGCAGGUGGACUGA